CGCUUACGACAGAUGCAUCCCGUAUUCCGGCACCUUUGAGCCUUUCGUCAUUCCGCAUUCCUGCCACAUUCCCCGGGCGCGCCCUCUAACUAGACAGAUUGAGCGAUUCGGCAGCAGGCACUUUCGCUAAGAUGGCUGCGGCCAACGGUCUAUCUGCGCCUGGGUCGGCGACUUAUGAAUCGGACACGCUGGUGGUGGGAGAUGGGACCUGGGACUUCUCCAAGAAUACCUUCCUGCUACCCAAUCUCCAAGGGCUGAACAUUGACACUAUGCGAUACAAUGGUAUGGGCAACCGUUUCUCGACGGUGGAGCAAUACCACCAAUUGAUCACCGUUCACGGCGUUCUCGCCGUCAUCACCUUCCUCUUUAUCAUACCGACCGCCGUCAUGUAUGCGAGAUUCAGGCCGUACGGCUCCCCCAUCGUGCUGCACGCAUACCUACACGUUCUCGCCAUGCUGCUUUCCACUGCCUUAUUUAUACUGGGAUGGUUCGCCGUGGGACCAAGGCGGAGCUUGACAAACCCCCACCAUGGCAUCGGAGUGGCCAUAUAUACCAUGAUUAUGGUUCAGAUCAUUGGUGGUCGCCUGGUCAAGAAUAUCCGCAGCAAGUCGCUCAGGCUCAUGCUCCAUCGAUGGCUCGGGAGAGUGAUCGCAAUCUUAGGCAUUGUGCAGGUUCCUCUUGGGCUUACGCUCUACGGGUCUCCUUUGUAUACCUUCAUUCUGUAUGCCGUAUGGAUGGCCAUCUUGCUUUUGAUAUAUUUCGUCCUCAGCUGGAGGCAGGAAGGCGAACGCGAUCGCGAGGACCUGAUGAUCCACGGUGGACGCUCUGAAGGUGGGGUCACGGCAUCGGAAUCCAAGUCCGGACGUGGGAUGGGGCUGCUUGCCCCGCUGGCAAUAGGAGCCGGUCUCUGGACGUGGGCGCGGAGGAGAAAGGAUCGUGACCUAGACCAGAGCCAAAGCGGCACCGGAUCCCAAGCAAGGAGCCGCGCUCGGGGCCCCGAGGUGGUUUCUUCUCGGAGGGGCUCGGCAAGCUACUUCGACGACGAAAAAAUAUCCGAAAGAACCGACCGCCGCGAGGGCGGCGUAUCGAAUUGGCUCUUCAACAUAGCUGGUCUGCUCGGUGCUGGAGCCCUUGUUAAAGGAGCUCGAGACAGAAGAGAAAGGCGAAGAUAUGAUGAAGAGUACUCGGCCGUCGCAACAGACACACCUAGUCGAUCUACCAAGCCUGCCGGAUCUCGGACAUACCGGAAACCAAUUACCGAUCAGUAUACGGAGAGCGAGUUCAGUGACGACCGAACGGAGCUCCACGACGGCCGAAGGCCUCACACACCUAGGAACCAUGCUGCCACGACACUUCUUAGCGGCACAGAGCCAAUGACGCCGCGCCCGUUGCGCCCUCGACCACCGGCUGGUACGGAUUAUACAGACUAUACGGACUACUCGUCAUACGUGAGUCCGUCUAGGCGACGGACUGUGGAAGAAGAAGAAAGCAAGAGCACCGGCAAAGGUUUCCUCGCUAUGCUCGGUCUAGGUUGGUUAGCUAAGAAGGCGAAGGACGGACACGAUGAGAAAGAGGACGAGCGGCGGAGGUUGGAGGAGGAGAGGCGGGAUGGGCAGCGCGGAUCAAAAUACACUGGAGAUGGUUAUAGUUCACCAUCAAAGUCGCCGAAAAAGCCCCCGCGGCAGCGACCGCCACCAUCGUCUGCCCUAACGGCUACGUCGUACUUCGAAUCGGAAUCCUCGAUGCUGGAAACUCGCCCGCUCGGAACUAGCGUUAGCGGGCCACCGAUGCCACCCCUCGGCGCUGGAAAAGCGCCGGCAGCGCCGGUCCCGGGCCCGAGUUCACAUUCGCACUCACGAUCAAGAUCGCGGUCGAAGAGUGGUGCUAUCACGGAUCCGGUUUCGAUGCCGCCUAUGCCUGCGGAUCCACGCGGUAUACUCCGCCCGCACUCGGAAUCCGACAGCGAGUCUUACGCGUCUACCGGUGGUGGACUCCAGGGGCUUCCCCCGUCUCGGCUUCGAGUGGGAGCCGAAAAGUCGGCACUCGCGGCCGGUACCAACACUACAGGCUUCACCGCGGACGAAGACGAGCGGCAGCGGAGGGAGCGUAGUCAGGUUUCCAGCCAGCCCGUUAGCGUUAAACUGCGAUACCACGACGAUCGGGAUAGAAACAUAACACUGCGCCGGCUCACCGAGGAAGAAGCGGUGGCGACUCGACGUGACCAUCGAAGAAGGUCGAACUCCGUAAGCACUCUCUCCGACAGUGAAGCGCCUAGUAGGCGAUACCGGCGCGAUUCCAGCUCCCAUAGAACCGCAGACGAAGCCGCGGCUGAGCGGUUAGUUGGCGAGCUAUCACCGCCGUCGCCACCAUCCCCGCCAACACCUACCAUGCAAGGCAGGCGGGCGGGUAAGGACUCGGCUUACUACUCGGGCCAGCCCGGUCCUUCGGGGACGACGCCGAUGGCGCCACCAACCAUGUCUACCGUUACCGGCGGUGCAGAAAGCCACGGAGAUUGGGGCGGCCUGAGUCCGACACCUAGCGGGCCUGUGGGAGCAGCGGGUUCGACGGCUCCAUCCGCAGCAGACCGAAGACGCCGGAGACGUCUCGAGAGAAGAGACACCCGGCCUUCCGACACUGUGGACUACAGCUAAAGCGCC